GUGGCCGUCGGCUUGUAAUCUUAGGGAACAAUGCAGACGUCUAUCUGUUGUUGCCACUCUACGAAAAGGUUGCAUUUAUGUUUUCUGUCACAAAUGAACAUUUAAUGUAGUCUGGCACGCGCGCUAGCAUUUCAAGUUAGUUCUUUGGACUGAGCGGUUUGACGAAUCUGCGGAACCAGUAACGAAGCUUGUCAAUGACGUCGUGAUGGCUACAAAUUGUAGUUUUUGACCCAGACACAGCAACUAUUCCAACGUAAAGAUUGUUUCCAGUGUAAACAACUGACAAUGGGUGUCAAAACAGUUUACACAAUGUUACACGUCCCAACAGAUGUAUAAUAACCAAGGUUGUGGUAGUUUUAAUGGCUACCGAUCGGUUUUCCUGGUUAGCUAGCAGAGGCAGGGUCAAAACCAGGCAAAGGUCAUGAAUCCCCAACCGCGUGUAGAGUAUAACACUGUAUUCCCUUUAAAUGCCAUAAGUGGACACGACACUAUACUUACCAACGCUGAAGCUGUGAAUGUAGUGUAAAAAUAUGUACUUGUAUCUUUUAGCUGAAAACGUGACGUCGCCAGCGUAAGACACCGCGAGAAUACAUUCAUGAAACAAUUGUAAAGGGACAUCAGAUCUCGCGAGAUUUUAUUGAAUUGUGGAGAAACACUCAUUCAACCUGACUUUCCCUGACAAGUGCCACGUUUCACGGCGGAAUAUUUAUAUAUUAAACACAAUAUAUUUGUAUUUGCACGAAUACAAAUAAUCAACACCAUGCAUCAACCGGUCCUGUAGGAGGCGCUGUGGUCAGGUCCAGCGCAAGACCCUAUGUGCAUGCGCACCAACGUACUAUCGCGUGCUAGCGAGUACAGUCAUGGCAUUUAGCAACCAAGCAUCGAUUGCCUUUUAGAUCCGUGUUUAGUAGUUUUGAAGAUAGUGUUGAUUUCCUAACGUAAAUGUCACCAUGGCCAGCCCUGCUGCUCGCAUAUAUCGAAGGUUGGAGGGUUUGUUUUGUGUCUACAAACCCUCUGGUAUCCCAUGGAAACUUGUGAGGGACACCAUCGAGACCAAGCUCCUCAAAGGUUUAGAUGCUUCGCCAUCGCUGCCUCUUCCUCAGCAGAUCCGCUUUUUGCCACAACCAGGCAGCGACACCCUGACACCCAAGGGACUGUCAGCAGUCUCUGUCCCCAUCCUGUCCAAACACCCUCUGGUAACUGGGCCUGAAUUCAAGAAACUUCGAGUUGGUGUUGGGCAUCGCUUGGAUACAUUAUCUUCUGGUGUUCUGGUUCUUGGUGUUGGGAAUGGAAACAAAGUGCUGAAUGACCUCCACAACUUGCCAGUUACAAGGGAUUACACACUGGAGGGCGAGUUCGGGACUGCUACAGAUGACUUCUCCCACACAGGACGUGUUGUGGAAAGAUCCACCUAUGAUCAUAUAACGCAAGAUAAGCUGGACAGAGUUUUGGCAAUGCUGCAGGGAGCAAAUCAGAAGGCCUUGUUAACAUACGCCAACGUAGACAUGCGUUCACAGGAAGCCUAUGAGAUGGCCGUGCAAGGCCAACUCGGCCCAGAGGGGAAGUCGCCGCCGAUUUUAAUGGGCCUAAGGUGCAUUCGCUUCCAGCCUCCCAACUUCACUCUGGAGGUACAGUGCCUCAACGAAACGCAAAAAUACCUCCGCAAAGUGGUGCACGAGAUCGGACUGGAGUUGCGCAGCACAGCCGUCUGCAAGGGAGUUCGCCGCACGAGAGACGGCGUCUUCACUCUGCAGGAGGCUCUAACCCGCGACCACUGGACUCCCAGUGAUGUAGUGGGUGCCGUCCGACAAUACCACGCUGUUAAGAAGAACAAAUUAUCCAAUCACCGAUCAAGGACACACGAGUACAAAACCCAGAAUCAACAAGACGACGAUGCCGGAGAAGAAAUGCAUUCAAGAUGAAGCACUAUUAAUUAGUUAUGCUGGAAAGGAGAUGUGACAGUCGUGAGAUCAGAAUUUGAUCACUAUUUUGCUCUGUUGUUGGGCGCCGUGUCAACAUUUGCCUGCCACAAAAGCUCCAUUGGAGGGCUGAUGAUGUCAUCACAUAGUUGUCAUGCUCUCCAUACCACCGAGGGGCUUGUUGUCCUAAGAGUGAACACCGUUGGCUUUGUCAGUCUGGAAGUACGCCCAUGAAAACACAAAUCAAGUCGAAAAACAAAAAGCGGUUUGUCUGGAGGUUUAUUAAGCAGUUAGAAGGUUAUUUUGCAACACAAGUCUGUGGAAAAGUACAAUUUACACCAUUGUGUCAAUGUUACCAAUGUUGAUUCGAUCAGGGGUUUAAUGCUGCCGAUACCGAUCAUCCAUGAGUAAAAUCGGCUGAUCGCAAUUUAUGAUGGAGUACUAUUGUGCUAUGCGCUAGCAGUGUCAAAGCGCUUUGAGUGCCUUGAAGGUGGAAAAGCGCUGUACAAGUAAAAGACCAUUUACGAUUGCCCAGGGGUGCCGUAUCAGUGGGAAAUGUAAUUGUUUAUAAAAUUAGUAAUGCACCUCUGAUAUGAAAACAGGAACCAUAAAAUUGCCUUAAUUGAGCCAAAAACACAUUUUAAUAACUUUUUCAAGAGAACAUGUAUCACUUGUGAAACUUCCGGAGAAUGAGAUGCCUUCUGUAAGGAGACUUGCUCUGGCAGGACUUCCAGUAGCACAUAGGUGGGCUCCAAGUGAGGCGGUGCUCGGCUCACCCACUGUCCUCCACUGCUGACAAGGCUGGUGGCUCACAUCCAAUGAAUCAGUUAUUUUUUCGAGUUACUUUCUUAGCCUUCUGACUGUCACGCACAUACAGGCGAGUGUUGUUGUUCGUGCUGCGUUAGCUGGCAUGUGACUGAUCACACUGUGAGCCUCAAAAACUCACCAUACUCCGUCAAGUGUUUGUUCUUCAAUUGCCGUAUUAAAUUAAAGCUACCCCUGCGA